AUGGGAUUUUUCCGAUCCCACAGCAAAAAGACAAUGUCGCCAGUACACAGCUUGAUUGAAGAGUGCAACAGAUUGAUGGACGAGAAUAUGUGGCAUAAAGCUGGAGAAAAGCUGAGACAUGUUGUCAAACAGCUUGAGGAAUCACAAGGCCUUGAUCACGAGGAGACUCUGUUCAUGAAGACUAAUCUGGCUUACGCUCUUCGCCGCCGUGUUGAGUACCAGGAGGCAGAGCGCAUGGAUCAGCAAGCCUAUGCCGUUCGACUUCAAGUCUCCGGGCCUGAUAACGUCGAGACGGCGAAGUCCCUGAACAACCUCGCGCUGGACCUGAAAGGACUCGGCCGAUUCGAUGAGGCACUGGAUCUGGAAGAACGAGCAUUAGAGACGUUUCUGAAAAUCAACGGGGAAGGCUCGCGAGAGACACAGACCAGCAUGAACAACCUGGCCAACAGUUUCCACCGACACGGACGCCUGCAAGACGCUGCCAGGCUGCAUGAAAGAGCUCUUGCGCUGCAAACCAACACCCUUGGCAGGGAGCAUUUCGAGACAAUCAUCACCAUGGAUUUGCUCGGGGUGGAUUACCGCGAGCUCGGCCAGCUCGAUAGAGCCCUUCACUAUCAAUCCGAAGCCCUGGAACUGUCCAAGGCCAAUCUGGGGGAGGCCCACGCAACCACUAUUCGAUGCUCCGCCAACCUGGCCACCACAUACCAGAGGCUAGACACGGAAGACGGCGAAGCCAAGGCAUUAGCUUUACUAGAGCAGGCCUUGACGCUUUCGCGGCGAACCUUUGACGAGAAUAGCUCGGACACGGUGCCGGUCAUGAAUAAUCUCGCCGCAGCAUACGCCAGGGAGGGGCGGUUUGCGGAUGCGGUGCCUCUAUUGCAAUCGGCAUAUGCAUGGAAUCAGAGGACGCUGGGUCCGGAUCACCCACAGACUCGAGCCUCGGAAGGCAACCUGAACUAUGUGAUGGAGAAAAUGGGUCUCACUCGUGCGACAAUCUUCAACUGA